GCUAUUUAUGUAGAAAAAACGGAACGCGCGACUUUUGCCAGAGUAAAUUUUUUAGUUUAUAAAAUACGGUUGAAAUCGCGAUAAUUUGAAGCAAAAAAGUGAGCUAUACAAUUGGUACUCGUUACAAAUCGUUCCUAAAUAGUGAUUUCGUCUAAGUAUGAGCUAAUUUAUGUUUACCUGCGAAUGAUUGUAAAAAUGCUAACAUUCAAUGGUUUCGCCGGCACGGUUCUACCGAUUUUGGCAAUUGCCUUCGUAACGGCAAUUGCGUUAGUUAAUUUGUUUAUUAGUUUGAGAAAACGAUUUCCCGUAUGGGUUAACUGCUGGUUCUGCAAUCAAGACAGCAAGGUUCCUUAUGACAGCAGCAAUUCCUGGGUUUGUCCUAGUUGCACUCAAUACAAUGGAUUUACGGAAGAUGGUGACUACAACCGCGAAAUUCCGGAACAGUACCAGUGUCGAUCAAACCCCCACGCAAACAUCACGGAUGACGACAAAAUCAACUAUUCUGUGCCCUACAAUGGCUUGUGCUUUGGUUGUAAUCGUAAUCAAGAGCUGAAGAUUCAUCAGCUGGCGUCGUUCGUCCCGGAGGUUGAGGAAAAUUACGACAUCGAGGUGGAAGAAUAUCAACGCCAGCUAGAGCAAACUUACAAGCUGUGCUCACGGUGCGAGCGGGUGCUAAAUCGAACGCUGAACGAAGUCAAGCGAAACAUUUUGGGUUCGAAGCUGGCCCAGAUCGGAACCAAAGGUCUAAAGGUUUUUGAUUUGCAUAUGGCAGCUAGCGACAAGCAAAGUGCCAUCCGGAAGCAACAGAUGGUGGCGAAUAUUAGUCUGUGGAUGAUCAUCGCUCUGUUGAUUAUAAAACUAUUUCAGCAUUUGGGGCAAAUUGAGCUAAACAAGGAACGUUUGGAAUUCAUAUUCAGUUCCACUGUGUCCCAAACGGUGCUCAUUGCUGUGUCAUACUUUGUGGCGUUUAAACAUACUCUGGCGUCUAUCUGGGACGGUAUUUGGAAUCAAGCCGCCCUUGCCGAUAAGAUUGAACAAUUAAAUUAUCUGAAGAAAACCUUUUUAAAUCGGGUUUUUGAAAUUUCUGAUAGUGCGGACGAUAUUUGCGAGUCGUUGACUGAUACGCCGGAAGCGAUUGCAGCUGUUACACAACCCAAUGCUCUUUCCAAUUUAGCACUCAUUGCGUUGGCUGGCAUGUUGUUAGGUGCCAAGUCCUACAUCGGACCGUCGAAACCGGUUGUUUUGAUGCUAUGUGGAGUGCUUGAAUCGCUACUACAAGCCGGUUCAUUGCAGCAGUUAUUGACAGAGGAUGUAACUCGUGGAAUGUUUGAGAUUAUUCUGUCUUUAAUCGCACUCGUGACGGCCAUUGCAUGUAUUGGUCGAACGGCACCAAAGAUACAAUCAUCCGAUAACCUCAAUUCCAGCUUUCACAAGAUCUAUUCUCAGGAAACAGCUGAGUGUGACUAUUCGGAUGCUUCGGAACAUCAGCAGCAACAACAUCAAUCUUCCAUCAACAACGACAUUAGCUAUAGAUCCUUAGACACAACCAAAUCGAUUAGUCCUUCCGUUCUGACGUCGCCAUCCAUGCGGCCAUUCUUCCAGAACUCAUUUGCUACGCAGACGUCUCCCAAAUCCCGUUUCGGUGGAUCGAUCUUAGGUGCGAAUCGCCUGAAUACAACGCUACAGGAGCAAUCACCCCCGAUUCGCACUCCCAGCAGACAAAAUUACUUUAUGCAGGAAAGCUCGCUACUGAAGACACCGUCGUUUUCGGUGGAUAAUUUUACCACUGCUAUCGGAAAUCGACCGGAAUUUAGUUCACAAAAAUUCCACGGUUUCUCCAUGAGCGCUCUCAACACCGCAACCUUGCAAGACGAUCGCUUUGGUGAGGAUAUUGACCGGCUCAGUAUCAGUGGUAGACUGUCUGUGUCCCGGAAGGAUCUUUCCAUGAUCAAUAACCCGUUCGCUACGCAUCACGUCGAUCACGACGACAGUUUCUCUUUGCGUAAUCGUAAGUUCACAAUUUCCCCACCGAAACUUUGCGCUAUUGCUGAGUCUGGCAGUAGCUGGAUAGCCGGUGGAUACUGGGGUGUGUCACCGCAGAAAAAUCCCGACGGAGCAAACCCAUCCAGCUUUAUCCAACAGCCACCGUUCAUGUCGCGAACUUCUUCACAAAGUUCUGGAUUCGAAUCUCAACCAACGCGUCGUCCAACACCGGAAGAACAAGCCCCAGCCGAGUUAGAUCGGUCGUCUCUAUUUUCCGAACCGGUGCCCAUUUCCAGCCAGUCCGUUGCGAAUGGUUUCCAACAUCGCCUCAAUCAAUCGAUUAACCUUCCCGUGGCGGCGCCAUCACCAGUUCCUUCUUUCAUAUCAUUCGCUGGGGGCAGCAACAAAAUGAACAGCGGUCACAGCCUAUUCGGCGAACGCAAUCUCUUUCAGUCUAAUCCAACUUCGAUGGCAAGACCCACGAUGCCGUUUCCGCUACAACAGUCACAAAUGCCACCGGUAAUUCGUGGUAGUGGAGCUCCAGCUCCAUCCAGCUUUGUUCCGUUUUCCCAGCCGGUCGCACCAUCCCCUAAUCACCGUCGUAGUUUGCUAAACUUGAGCAAGCUGAGCGAAUUACCCGAAAUAAGUCAGAAUCUUGGUUCCCAGGAAGAAAACUAAAGUGUAAAAUUAGGUGAGUUAUAGUUCCGUUCGUUCGAUUAAUUGUUUUUAGAUUACGUAAAUAGUUUUAGAUCUUUUUUUCGCAGUUAGGUUUACCCUUUAACGUUUCAUUUUUGUGUGAUAUAUUUUGACUGAUCAAAAAAUGAAUGUUUCUCUUGUUUUCGAAGAAGAAUUUUACUGCCCACUGCUUGUAGCAUCAUAGCGAUAUGUUAGGUUUUGUUAGAACGCAAUACAACUCAGCGAUUCAAAAGUCACAACUAGAGAAAGUAAAAGAUAAACAGUCACUGCCCUAACUGAAAGCAUUUUUAGGGAUAUAGGGAAUGAAGUCAGACAGUUAAAUAGAAAAUGAUGUUAGUGGAAGAAUGUAAUAAAUCGAUUUAAUGAUAUUUUUUGCUAA